CCGUAACCAAAACAAAAAAGCAUUUAGAAAAAUCUCUGAUAACUGAUAAUUGAUAAUUGAUAACAGAUAGCAGAUAACAAUUAAAAAUAAACAAUAACAAUAUGCAAACGACAUUUAUAAACGCGUUGCUGUUGCUGCAGUUGCUCUGUCGACUGGGACGCUGCCAGGAGCAGCAACUGUUGCUGCCGAGCAUCGAGAGCAAUCCGAAUGUGCAACAGCAACACAUUAGCAACAUCAACAACAACAACAACAAUCAGCAGCAGCACCAGCAUCAGCAACACCAAUACCAAUACCAACACCAACACCAACAACAUCUCAACAACAAUGCAAGUCUUAACAGCACGUUGUUUAAUACACUGCUCGGCAACACUGGACAAUUGGGAGCAGGUAGUGUUGGUAAUGUUGGUGGUUCACUCAUGCCCUUGCCCGGCGGUGGAGGAAUGAUCAAUCCACAGGGCAGCCUGGGCAGCAGCACGGCAAGUGCGCCCGCAGCCAAUGGAAUGGCCAUGGUACAUGGAUUGGGACAGAGCAUGGGAAUGCCUGGUGGCGGACAAGGAGUAACAGGACAUGGAGGAGGAGGCGGAGGAGGAGGACACUUGCAUGGUCAUCCGCUUUCUGGAUUGGCCAAACUCGGUAUGGUUGGGAUCGGCAACAAAGGAUUGCCAGGAAUGUCCGGAAUGUCGGGAGGAGGAGGCUAUGGAUCAACAAUGUUGAAUGUGGGCGCCACAGGAGGCGUGGCAGCUGCAGGAGGCGCAGGCGGCGGAGGCAUGGAUCUGCAGAGCCCUUACGAGCAUUUCAUUUCGGAGCACACAGUCAUGGCGGUUUUCACAUCCCAAGGUCAGGUGGGUGGGCCCUGUCGUUAUAUGCCUGCCACGCGACGGCAGAAUCAUCAGUGCCGCAAGGAGACAGGUCUGCCGGGAACACUAAGCGAGGCACGACGAUUGGCCACCACCCAUUGUGAGGAUCAGUUUCGAUACGAUCGCUGGAACUGUUCAAUCGAGACACGUGGCAAGCGCAACAUAUUCAAGAAGCUCUACAAGGAGACGGCAUUUGUGCACGCUCUCACGGCAGCUGCGAUGACACACUCGAUAGCCCGGGCUUGUGCCGAGGGUCGGAUGACCAAAUGCAGUUGCGGACCACGUAAGCAGAACCGUGUGGAUCAGGACUUUCAGUGGGGCGGCUGUAACGAUAAUCUGAAGCAUGGCAAACGGGUAACACGCAGUUUUCUCGAUCUACGCGGCGGCGAUGGAGACGAAGUCACCGAGAUAUUGCGACAUGACUCUGAGGUUGGCAUCGAAGCUGUCUCCACGCUGAUGAAGGACACGUGCAAGUGCCAUGGCGUCUCUGGCUCCUGUUCGAUGAAGACCUGCUGGAAGAAAAUGGCUGACUUUAAUGCUACGGCCACACUGUUACGCCAGAAGUACAACCAGGCCAUUAGGAAGGCCCCCAACCAGCGAACCAUGCGUCAGGCGCCAUCGAGUCGCAUGAAAAAACCAAAACAGCGACGCAAGAAACAGCAACAACAAUCGCAGUACACAACACUGUAUUAUCUGGAGACCUCGCCCACCUACUGCUCGGUCACCAAGGAUCGCCAGUGUCUGCAUCCCGACAACUGUGCGAAUUUAUGCUGUGGGCGUGGCUACAUCACCCGUGUGUUUAAGCAGGUGGAAAAGUGUCGUUGUCGAUUCAUUAAUGGACGUUGCUGUGACUUGAUCUGUGACCUUUGUCAGCACUAUGAGGAUAAAUACUUUUGUAAAUAAGUGGGAGGGUCCAUCUAGUCCCUCUGUAUCUCUAUCGCUAUCUAACUAUCUAUUUCUAGCUCUCUAUCUCUAUCUCUAACUCUAUCUCACUCUCUCACUACAAACAUAGAAAGCUCUCUUUGUAAUUUUUAAAUGUAAUUUGUAAAGUUCUUUUCGAUUAUAAUUAUUGCUUGUAUUUUUUCCAUUCCUCACUUAAACAAUUUUGAUGAAAUGAUAAGCAACAUGAAAAUGAUAUGAUAAACAUGAUAGUAACGCUCAGAAUGAAGGCUAAGCUAAAGCCAACAAAAUCAUAGACACACAUACACAUACUCACACGCAUACACACACACACACACACACUCACAUACAACUACUUACAUCUAUAUUACAUAUGUAGUAACAGUUAGCUGCCGUCGCAACCAUGAAGAAAAGUAAAAAAAAAUUGCAAAAACAUCAUUUAG